GCGCGGGGAGACGGGAAAGGCGAAGGCGGAGGAGGGCGGGCUCAGCAUCGGUGCCCCCCGCGCCUGCCGGGGACCCCCGCACGGGGCGCCGGGCGCCAUCCCCGCGCCCAUGGUGGACGUGUCGUACGGCGUGCCCGAGGGGCUGCCCGACGCCUCGCUGCUGGGCGACGCCGGCGCCCGUCUGGCGGCCAUGGAGGACGGGCGAGAAGAUGCGUUCGCCACACUGUUCAAGCUCGUGGACAACGUGCUGGAGUUCCCCGAAGACGCCAAGAAGCGCCAGGUCAGGAAGGGGGCCGAGGUAUUCCACCGCAAGGUCGGUCGACACGAGGCUGCCGUGGACUUCCUGCGCGCGUGCGGUUUCAGGGACGCCGACGACCCGGACGAUUCCAGCGAGGCUGGGCGCAGGGCGCUGUUGCAGAUGCCGGUGGCCUUCUUCAUGAGGCUGACGGACGCCCACCACGUGCUGGCGCAGCACGCCGCGCGGGCGGGCCUCCCGGCCCCCGGCCUGCCCGGCGGGGGCGGCUUCAACCCGUACCUCUCCAACCGGCAGUCGACGGACAGCACGAGGACACCGAAGGCUCCCGAGGCCUGGAAGUCGGAGGCGGAGCGGCUGCGCGAGGAGGUCAAGAGGAAGCAGCAGGAGAUGCGCGAGCAGGUGGAAGCCGCCCCGGCCGUCGACGUGAAACCGUCGUGCUUCUGGCUGUCGGCCGGCCGCCGCCUGGAGGAGGCGGUGCGCGAGGCGGAGGAGCAGUCGCCAGAGGAGGCCAGGGCCGCGGACAACGCGCUCUUGCAGUCCCAGGUCGCCAGCGCCAAGAGCGCGAUCGCCGGGCCGAGCAAGUUCGAGAGCGCCGACAAGCGCCGCUUGGCGGACCUGUCUCGGACGCGCGUGUACGCGUUCUGCAUACUGCGGAUAAUCUGCCCCGACAAGUCGGUGUUGCAGGUGCAGUUCCGCGCUGGGGACAGGGGCGCGCGCGUGUUGGAGGCCAUCCGGCCGCUGCUGGCGCCGCAGGUGCAGGCCGCUGGUUGGUACAUCUACCAGACGCCGCCGCUCCGGAAAUUGAAUCCGCAGGAGACGCUGGAGAAGGCCGGCCUCACGCCGGGGGCCAACAUGUACCUGGGCUUUGAGCAGGACAAGCCGCCGCCCCCGUACCUGGAGGCGCGGCUCGUCGCCCAGCUGGGGCCCGCGCCGCAGGAGGAGGGCCGAGGCGUGAAUGCCGCCGCGGGGCCCACGUUCAGCGGCGAGGCGAUGGGCUGGGGCUCCGGCAAGCGCCUCGGCGGCGGCGCGGCGGCGGCCCCGGCGCCAGCAGCCGCGGAGCGGCCCGCCUCGGGCGCUGGCCGGAGGCU